UGGUAAAGGUGCACUACGUUGCUAAACACACCUUCCCCUGUUACAUGGUAGUUAUUGGUAGGCUAAAUUGGUUGGCAUAGUUGCACAUAUGAUAUGCAUCAAUCAUACUAUGCAUCGUACUGUAGUUAAGAGAAUCAAUAAUAGUAGAUAGUGCAUCUAGUUCUCUUUGCGUCCUUUAUCCGCAGAUGUCCUUGGGACCUUCUAUAACCAUGUACCGACCCCGUACUUCCAAGUCCCUACACGAGCCAGGCUAAAGCUUACUAGGUAUCAUACCUGAACGCACCUACUAGGCUAGGUAAGGUACUGUAGCUUAGCUGCACUAUUUACACGAACAUGAGUUGCUUGAUCGGGAAGAUGCAGAGCGAAUCCGUCACGCCGCUAUCACCGCAGAUCAAAUAUCGAAUGGUUGGCAGAAUUGCAACAAGUCAAUGUCACCAUAAGUUCAAGAUAUAAGACGUGCUCUCGCACCCGACUUGCGAACUACCUUGAGAAUUUCGCAAAGUUCCUCGCUUGAACUGCAAUCACACAGUCGCCAUCAUGAAGUUUCUUCGUUCUCUCUUGGUACUCGCACCCUUGGCGGUCGCCUUGCGACUCGACAGGCGGGGUAUGGUCGUAUACGAUGGCUACAAGGUCUUCCGUGUAGUAGCCCCGGCGAAUAGUGCUGCAGAGUUCGAGGCGCAAUUGGAGUCUCUUGAGGCCAUCGAUCUCAGUCACAAUCACGGCCACGUAGAUGAGGCACACUUCGAUAUCGCCGUCCCGCCUGAGAGUCUCGCCAGCUUCGAAUUGCUAAAUCUCACUUCAGAGGUAUUGACUGAGGACCUCGGCGCAGACAUUGCUCGCGAAGGACCCCUUGCCGAGUAUCGCAGUGAGUCGGAUUUAGUUGCAGCAGCUGCUCUGCCGAGUUUGUCAUGGUUCGACGCAUACCAUGCUUACGACGAUCACUUGACGUACCUGAAAGACAUCCAAUCAUCUUUUUCGUCCAACUCAGAACUGAUUACGGCCGGUAAAUCAUUCGAAGGGCGAGAUAUCCAGGGAAUUCACCUUUGGGGGAGCGGUGGGAAAGAUUCAAAGCCUGCCGUGUAUUUCCAUGGUAACGUCCAUGCUCGCGAAUGGAUUACCUCCAAGACUGUUGAAUAUAUCACAUACCAGUUGGUUGCGAACUACGCCAACGACACGACUGUGAAGGGCUUCCUUGAUAGCUACGACUUCUACAUCUUACCUGUCGUUAACCCUGAUGGGUUUGUCUUCACGCAAACUACAAAUCGCAUGUGGCGUAAGAAUCGGCAAACUCGAUCGGGCACCUCUGCUGUUGGCACUGAUAUCAACCGGAACUGGCCAUACAAAUGGGAUGGUGAGGGAUCGUCUACGAGCCCUGGAGCCGAAACGUACCGCGGCGUAGCGGCUGGCGACACUCCCGAAAACACUGGAAUCCGAACUUUGGGCGAUGAAUUAGCUGCGAAGAACGGAAUCAAGCUAUAUAUUGACUGGCACAGCUAUGGACAAUACAUUUUGACUCCUUAUGGCUAUUCAUGCACAGCAGAAGUAUCAAACCAGGAUAAGCAGGAUUCGCUAUCCAAGAACACUGCUUCUGCUAUUGCGAAGCCAUACGGAACAAGGUUUACAACCGGCCCAACUUGCGCUACCUUGUACGCAACCGCAGGUGGUAGUAACGAUUAUGUUACCGACGUUAACAAAGCAGAAUACGGAUGGGCGAUUGAACUCCGAGACACUGGCCGGAAUGGAUUUGUAUUGCCCCCAGACCAGAUCCUGCCCACCAGCAUUGAGUCAUGGGAAGGAAUGAAGUAUCUUUUUGCGAACAUGUAAAGUUUUACAAGAUAGAUCUAUAGUGAUAUCAUGAUUUUUAAGUAGAAUGAGACUGCGAGACGGGCUUACAACGGCCGUAUAUAUACUGGUAUCGAAGUGUUUGUAUCGUCUUUCCAAGCAUUGUACCCUGCAGCCAUCCAUCAAAAUUCUUUGGAUCACA